UUUUACUUGCAGCACAAUAAACAAGUUACCGAUUUCGAAUUCGUUUCUAAUUUAUAACACAAAAUUGCCAGGGUUUGAUAUAAACGAUCGAUGGAAGUGCCAGUGAAGGGCAUUCUUGGUCUUCUGGCCACUGCUGGAUCGUUUUUUGCACUAGGAGCCUACUAUCAGCACAUCGAUGUCAUGCGAAAGAUUCGACGAUUGGAGCAACGAAAUCCACAUGCCUACUUUAUCAGAAGGAAACUGUACGCACUGCUGGGAAUUUUCACUGUGCGCGCUGAUAGCUCCGAAUUCGACGUGGAUCCCAAUGACUGCCACAAGCUGGGCGGGAUCAUGAAGUACGGCUUCCCCAGCACCAACGAUAUCACCAUAAACGAGACCUUUGACUUUGUGACCUCCUUCGAUCGAAGAAACUCUGCGAUUCUGUGGAUUUGCGAGCGGGUAGAUCUGUCCAAUCGCGUCGUCUACGGGGAUUCCACAUCCGUGGCCCCAGCUGGAGCAUUUGGGCAGUCAGAGGCAGCCAGGGUAUUUUUCCUGUCCAACAUUAGGCCCUUUCUAAACAGAGGUUUCAAUCUCACUGUCUGGGAUCGAUUGCUGCAGUACGUUCAUGAGAUAAGUCAAAGACAUGGAACCGUUUAUGUCUACACCGGAUCAAUUUACUUGCCCCGGGAGCUGAAGUCGAACGGUUGGUUCCUGGAGUUCCAGUCGGAGGAGAGAACCAUGGUGGCCGUACCUACCCAUUUCUUCAAGAUCCUGGUCAUCGAUAAGAAGUUCGAGAGCGAUACCAUUCCCUAUGCGGAGGCCUAUGUGAUGCCCAACUCUCCGCUGAACAACAAUGUCGAACUGAAGACGCUUCUCAGCGAUGUCCGGGAAAUAGAAAACGCUACUGGUCUACGGUUCUUCGAAGGACUCGACCGCAACUUUGUCAACACCCAAGCAUCCAAUUCAAUAGUCCACUCACUAAACGGUCCCUUAACCAAUCCCUUAACGUUGCCGAUGACCAAUGCCGUAGACAGUCCCAGUGCCCUCACAUCAAGUAUUUCUCCAAAAUAGAAUAUAAAUUAAUGUUCAAGGAGACAAUGAUGGCCAUGAGAAAUCCUUUAGAUAAACAAUG